GAAUAUUUCACAGUCGAGGCAGCAGACCAUGUUCAAUAAUAAGUAUAUUAUACACUGCAGUUCACUGCUAGGCCAAUGAGGAUCUCGAGGCAUGUUAUUGUGCAACUAUUAAUAGAGAAAUUAUAAUGGACUGGUAAAUUCACAACUCAUUGUACAACAGAACACAGUCAUUGGUGCAGCAGGUUCGGUGUAGUCUUUCAGCUAUUGAGAAUUAUGCCAAAUAGAGCUAGAAAUGGUACGCUGUCAUCAACAGUGUUGCAGUCACAAAAUGGCGGAGAAAAAAACGGUGACGUGAAAGCUGAUGAUGGACGUCAACCUGGUAAAUGGGGACGAGCAUGGGAAGUGGACCUUUUAGGUGCAGUUUGUGUACUACUCCUGUUGACGACAACGCCGCUUAUGGUGUUGUACUUCUUCGUAGCUUGCAGUCACUUUGAAUGUUCGCUGAGUACUCCUCUGUUACAGUUCUAUAAUGGGAAGAUGACAGUAAUGGACUUCUGGGAGAAAGCACCUUUCCUGACCAUCAAUGCUUUCAAAAUAAUUAUUCCGUGGUAUGCUUUUCAGGUGUUUCUUUAUUACCUUCCUGAUGCAUGUGGCUACAUUCUGCCCAGCUAUCGCGGUGGACGCUGCCGUGGCACCAUCACGCCAUCAGGAAUCCAGAUGUUCUACCACAUCAAUGGCCUUCAAGCCUGGAUAAUAUCCAACACCUUGUGGUUCGCAAACGCGUUCUACUUUCACUGGUUCUCUCCAACCAUCAUCUUCGACAACUGGGGAUCUAUGCUAUGGCUUGCGAACAUAAUUGGGAACGUCGUUGCUAUAUAUGCCAUUGUAAAGGCGUGGUUUUUUCCAACGUCUGCUGCCGAUUGCGUUUUUAGCGGGAAUAUAUUGUAUGAUUAUGUGAUGGGUACUGAAUUUAACCCUCGGUUUGGUAAAUGGUUCGACUUUAAAUUGUUCUUCAAUGGUCGACCUGGAAUAUGCGCAUGGACACUUAUAAAUUUAUCAUAUGCUGCUAAACAAUACGAGCUCUACGGUCAUGUAACCAACUCGAUGAUGAUUGUAAAUAUAUUGCAUGCCAUCUAUGUGGUGGAUUUCUUCUGGAACGAGGCUUGGUACCUGAACACCAUCGAUAUACAUCAUGAUCACUUCGGUUGGAUGCUGGCUUGGGGGGACAACGUAUGGCUACCAUGGAUGUACACACUUCAGGGACUUUACCUUGUUUAUCACCCAGUUGAGCUUUCUGUUUGGUACGCAUCGUCCCUCUUAGUCCUGGGUCUUCUUGGCUACUACAUUUUCCGUGCAACCAACUGCCAAAAGGAUCAUUUCAGGAACACGUCAGGCGACUGCAAGAUCUGGGGAGCCAAACCGAAGGUUAUUGAGUGUUCGUACUACGCUGCUGACGGAGAGAAACGCCAGAGCAAACUACUCCUUUCUGGUUGGUGGGGAAUCGCUAGACACAUGAACUACACCGGAGACCUAAUGCAGGCCCUAGCAUGUUGCUUAACGGGAGGAUUUACACAUAUAUUCCCGUAUUUCUAUAUCAUCUACAUGACGAUCCUGUUGGUGAAUCGCUGCUACAGGGAUGAACAUCGGUGUAGUAUGAAGUACGGACUUGAUUGGAAGCGGUAUACGUCGAUAGUUCAGCAUAGAAUUAUACCUGGUAUAUUCUAACUACUUUAAAGAUACAGUGUUGAUGAUAAGGAACGCACAUUAAAAGUGUUCUAUCGCGUGAAUGGGCAUGUUCAUUUCAAUUUUUUGUGGAACAUUUAAAUUUAAUUUCAAGUGUUGAGCUCAUAUGCCUCCACUUUAUCAAGGCAGAUAUAUAAUUUCAUGAGACGUUUCACUGUAUAUUAGUAGGCAUGCUAAUUGAACGAAAUUAGAUGAUUCCUAUCGAGAGGUAGAUGGAGUAAUGUUCUUACUGGUGCAAUUGUGUGUAUUGACCUCAACUCUUGCCAUAUUUGCAAUAAUGUAAGAGGCUGAAACAUUUCGAAGUAUAAAUGAAAUAGUGGAGCUGUAGCUUAGUGGGUAAUGUGUUUACCUUCCAAUUAGUGUCCUAGGUUCAAUUCCUGUCAAUGUUACAAGAUUGUUUCUUUUCAUGAUCAAAAAAAUUCUCGUGUGUUUUGUGAAAAAGGACCGAAACCUAGAAACGUCAAGUUCGCAUAUCCUUGACUGUUGUAACUAGAAACAAAAUAUGAUGAUGUUGAUGAUGAUGAUGAUGAUGAUAAUAAUAAUAAUAAUAAUAAUAAUAAUAAUAAUAAUAUUUACAAUAAUAAUAAUAAUAACCUAUGGUUAAUUCUAAUUAUUUAUACAUACAGAAACCACUCUUAACACACAUUAAUACAUAUGACUGCAUAAGUUUAACUGAAUAGUUUCUCAUAACCAAAACAAAAUAUGAUGGUGCUGAUAAUAAUAUUAUUAUUAUUAUUAUUAUUAUUAUUAUUAUUAUUAAUAAUAAUAAUAAUAAUAAUAAUAAUAAUAAUAAUAAUUAUAAUAAUAAUAAUAACCUAUGGUAGUUUACUGUUACAUAAUUUCUAAUUAUUAAUAUUAUACAAAAAAUACUCAUAUUACACAUAUUAAUACUUAAACCUGCAUAAGUAUAACUGAAUAGUUUAUUGACGGAUUUAUUACAAAUCUAUACGUUUGAACUUUUCAAGAGUACCUCGUGUCUUUGUGUUGUAUCGAUAUUCUGACAUUGUAAUCUACUGUAUUUACUUCAAAUUAUUCGUUCCGGUGUUCACAAUACUAGUAUCUAGUGUCUUUGAUAAUACUUACGCGAAGGUCUUUUAUUAAGGAUAUAACUUAGAUGGUUUCUCAAUAUGACGUGUGGGCAUUUCUUUGUUACCGUUGAUAAAGGUAUGAAACACGACCUGUUUAAGCACUCACUGUGUCAUGGCGAUCGUGGGCCGACACGAUUCCAUCGAGAACGUAACGCCACAACGCAAAUGUAUAAAGUCCGUGAUGAACAACAUAAAUUUUGUAUCAAUAAGUUUUCAAUUUUCAAUAACGUCAAGGAUCUAACAAGUUGUUGUCACAUAUGCUGUAUACUCUUUUCCUACAACAAUCCUAAGCUGACUACUAGCUAACUUAAAAUGUUACCGAAUCUGAAUAAAUAAAUAAAUAUUCAAAUUUAGUUGGUAAUGAACAUUAUUUUCUAACGCAAUAAUUGAAAGCGAAUUACCUAAACCUGACUAAAAUUUAUAAGCAAUUGGAAUUUGUUGUUAAAGUUUUUUUUUUCUUUUUAGCGCGACAUAAAUGUAAUUACCUUAAAGUAUGAUCAAGUAAUAGAUUUUUCCGGAGUGUCAUUGAAACUUAAAACAACUAGCCAAGAAUACGCGCAUGUCCCACAAACACUCACCGCGUACGUUUACGUUUUCGUAUUGUGGAACCUUAUCACAAAGGGGUGAAAAUUAACUGCCACACCAUCAUGAUCAUUAUGUUUCUUCCAGUCUGUUUAGUCCUAUCUAGGCAACUUGGUGACGUCACCUGGAAUGAGUGCCCAUCGUCAGUUCAUAGGAACUAGACUACCGAUCUUGUACAUUAUGGUACAUUUUGUCUGUAUUUAUUAAACGUCUGUACGUAUAUUAACUAUCUAUGUUUUACUUUUCACAAUUGUCAUAAUUUAAUUUUAAUUUGAGUUCCAUAUCAUUAUAUAUUUAUUGUAGUCUUUUCGAGAAGUACAGUAUUUAUAUUAAAAUUAAAAUUAUCGUAUUAAACACCCAACCAUUUCAAUUUUCGAUGUACAUGAUUACUGUAUAAUAUUGAUGUUUUCAUUUUUUAGCAUUCAUAUUUAAUAGGGCCUAUCAAUGUAUAAUAUUUGAUAACGGCUUUCCGCACUAAACUUUACAACGGAUGGUAUCAGCACUAAAUAUUUGUUGGAAUGAACUGUAUAAUUGAAUUAUUGAUGAAAAAUCUGUUGUGUUGUCAUGAUAUUUUUUUGGUUUAUUAUCAGCAUAAUAUUGUUGGAACACAUUUGUUGAGACUGAAACAUUGAAAUUAUUAUACGCAAUAACGUGACCAGUAAAUAAAAGUAAAUAAUAAGGA